UCCACAAUAACAAUAUGAGUCUCGGGGUGGCUAUACUGAUUCAUUUACUACUGUUGGUUGACAGGGCUUAUACUAAAAAAGGUGUCAAAUGUGGAGGCAUCCUCUCUGCUCCGACAGGUAACAUUUCCAGUCCAAACUUCCCAGGCCUGUAUCCCUACAACAUUGACUGCUCCUGGCUGAUUGUAGUGGCUGAAGGCUCCUCAGUCCUCCUCACCUUUCACCACUUUGAGCUGGAGUACCACACCAGCUGUGCUUACGACUAUAUCAAAAUAUACAAUGGCAUAUCUGAGGACGAGGGGAACCUCCUUGGGACAUUUUGUGGUGACAUUUCCCCACCUCAGUUCACCUCUUCUUGGAAUGUCAUGUCCAUUAUUUUCCAUUCAGACCGCCAUGUGGCCCACAGGGGCUUCAGUGUUGGCUACAGGAAAGACAUGUGUGGUGGAGUGUUGACUGGACUAUCAGGUGUCAUUUCCAGCCCAGGCUACCCUCAGGAGUACAGCAACAAUGCAGACUGUUCCUGGACAAUACACGUGUCCAAUACAAGUGUUGUCACCUUGGUCUUCCUGGACUUCCAGCUGGAGAACAACGAGGGAUGUAACUUUGACUUUGUUGCCCUGUUCGAUGGGCCAACAGUCACCCACCGCCAUCUCGGCAAAUACUGUGGAACAGAUAAACCCCCCAACACAGUCACUACUGCUAACCAACUCCUGGUAGUCUUCAAGUCAGAUUUCAAUAUUGGUGGGCGAGGCUUCAAGGCUUACUAUUACUCAGGUGAAUGCCAACAAGUUCUAUCCACUGUGAGCGGCAACUUCAGCAGCCCACAUUUCCCCAACAUCUACCCGAACAACAUCAACUGCCACUGGAGCAUCACCCUGCAAGCCGGGUACCGCAUCAAGCUCUUCUUUCCUGUCAUGGACCUGGAAGGCCGCAACAGUCUGUCAGACGAGUGCGACUACGACUCGGUGUCAAUGUAUGACGGGGACAGCCAGGCGGACACGCUGAUGGGACGCUGGUGCGGCAGGGAGCAGCCUUCUUCCCUCGUUUCCAAGGGGAACAAGUUGCUGGUUGUCCUCAGCACAGACAGAAAUGAAGCUCACAGAGGGUUCACUGCUUCUUAUCUAGGAGUGGUGCCUGUGAACGUUAGCUGCACCAGAUCAGAGUUUACCAUCCUGAUCCCUCAACGGUCGUUACCUCAGCUGGACCGUGAGAGCAUCUACCUUGGAAACCCAACAUGUACAGCUCAGCUAACAACCACCUCAUAUAAAAUACUGGCCCAGUUUGUUAACUGUGGUACAGCCAGCCAGAAACACCGCAACAUCACCAUGCUGGUGAACAAGCUCUACAUUGAUUUCUCUGAUGGGAAGCAGCAGAACGUGCAGGAAUACAAGGUGCAGUGCGACGCCUUACGGAAGGUCGCAUCUGUGUCAAUCAUUUCUGCGGAGGAGCGACGGCUGGAGGAGCAGGCCCAGCAGGCGGAAAGCGACAACAGCGGAUACGUGGCAGAACCAGAGGCAGAACCUCAUGACUUGAGUGAUAUUGUCUUCAUCAGCAUCUGUGUUCUGGCUGUCAUCCUCAUGGUGAUAGCAAUUGUUUGGUUGGUGCUUCUUUAGUGAAUUACACAGAAAUCAUCAACAAGUUCUUA